CAGUGUCCGUGUGCCUGGCAGGAAGCAUGGUCCCGCUCGAGUCGUCAGCGAGCGUGGUGACAAUCGAUGGCGAGAAGAUCGUCGUGAGGGAGCUCGGAGCAGCAGCGCCCCCUGUCAGCAGGCUGAGCGGAAAACCUCCGCUGCCGAGCAUUCGCAAAAAGGAUGCGUCUCGGCAGCGUCCGAGCAGCGACGACAGCAGCAGUGGUGAGGGCAAGUUCAGCAUAUGCAGUCCGUUCUCACGCUGGACGCCCGAGGCGCGCGACAAGAAAGGUCACACAAAGGUCAAGCCGCCAGGGUCGGAGCUGACGCACCGCGCUUCGACGGGUAACUCGCCGCGGCCGAUAAAGACAAGAACGUUCAGACGCGCGGACGACACCGAUGUGAUGCUUGACAUGGUAGCGAAGGCACAGAGCCGCCGCAUGGACGAUCAACGAGGCAGCUUGUCUCUGAAGGACCUCGAACUGCCCGACUUCCUUCGGGUGAAGCCAGGAUCGCACCAGGGCAAGGAGUACCGACCAAGCAGCUGCGGCAACAGUUUGAGCAGUAGCAGACUCGAUUCAGAUAUCAGUUGGAGCAUCACCCCAAUAAAGCAGUAUCCAUCGGAAGGCGUGCAGCGUGGCCUGACACCGCUGCGGGGCGGCGGCGACCGCAGCUUCAGCGGCGACGGAGUGCUGCCCUCUCACGAGCGCGCCGAGCGAUACUUCGGCGCGCGGACCUCCGUCGCGCGAUCGCCAGACUUCGACGACUCGCGGCUCUGCGAGCGGUCGCUCGCCGACAUCGGCAUGCGCGGGGGCGCCACCGUCGACGAAGCGGCGGAGGAUUCGCCGAGCGUGUCCGGAGGCGCGUGCGACGCGACCGUGCUGCGCGCGCCGAGCGGCGACCUCGACGCGACCUUGACCUCCGGGUCGACCCCGCGCACCGCUGACAGGAGCAGUGAGGGCCGCGCGCUUGGCGACGGCGGCAUCGUGGGCCGCGUGAACGUGGGCAGCGCGUUCGAGGGCGGGCGCGCGCGCAGCUACGAGAACGUGCGAGCGGGAGCGACCGGUGCCGCCCUCGUGGGGAAGCGAGUGCUGGGAGCGGCGGCCGGGGACGCGGCGGCGGUGGGGGCGCCGCUGCGCAUCUCGACGAGCGCCGACGGUCACACGGAGAGCCUCGUCUGAGCAGAGGUCAAGGUCACGCGGACGAGGGUCAGUGUAGGGUCAAGGUCAUGCUGUGACGAGUGGUCGGUGUAAGGUCAAGAGGUCACGCUGACGAGGGGUCAGUGUAUGGUCAAGGUCACGCUGACAAGGGGUCGGGGUGGGAUCAAGAAGUCAUGCUGACAGAGGGGUCGGAGUAGGGUCAAGGUCAUGCUGAUGAUGGGUCAGUGUGGGGUCAAGAGGUCACAUUGAUGGUGGAGGGGGUCAGUGUAGGGUCAAGAGGUCAAGUGAUAUGCCUCCUCUGGGCAGUGGUGCGUGAUCAUGUGCUAAUCUGGGCUCAAGAGGUCAAGAUGAUCUGUUGUUGAGGGGUCAAGAGGUCAUACAGUUAUAUGCAUUGUGCUGCUUUGCUUGUAUCGGCUGUUAUAUUAUAUAGUAUAAUUUUAAUAUCUGAUAUGUUAUUUUGUGAACUCUUUUAAUGAAAUCUAUCGGUGUGUAUCGACUCUUAUGGUGUCAGGUAAUCGUGUAAAUAUUUUCAAGAUUAACCAGUGCAAUUUAGAUAAGCCGGGUAAAAGGUCAGAUAAAAUGAAUACCAUGUUUGGGGUAACGUAGCUGGGAAAGGUAGCGUAGAAAGGUGGAUAUGAAAUUGAUUCAAUAAUUUUUUGUUUAAUUACGCAGGUAAAUAUACCUAUUGACAAUUUGAAUGUCACUAUGUAGAUGACAGAUCAUUAUGUUAUUCGAUUAUGCAAACGCAAAAUAAAGUCAAUGAAAGUUAAAAAAAAAAA